UCCCGCCUCCUGGACUCCCGGCGUGCAGUGCGGGCGGGCGUGCGCAGGGGGGUUGAGAGCGUUCGGCCUGGUUCCCGCGUUGAGCCCUCGUUGCCGCCGCGUUCAUCUCCGCCGCCAUGUCGGACUAUAGCACCGGCGGUCCUCCGCCACCUUCCGCCGGGCCGCCGGGAGCCGGUGGAGGAACCGGAACCGCCGGGCCUCCAAAUCAAGCCGGAGGAGGAGGCAACUCUGUCGGUUCCGGACAGGCUGCGGGAGCGGCAGGUCCAGGACCCGGCGGGAUCCGUAAGGACGCUUUCGCCGAUGCUGUUCAGCGCGCCCGGCAGAUAGCAGCAAAAAUUGGGGGUGAUUCAGCCACAACUGUGAAUAACACUACACCUGAUUUUGGAUUUGGUGGUCAGAAGAGACAACUAGAAGAUGGAGACCAGCCAGAAAGCAAAAAAAUGGCUCCCCAGCCAGAACCCAUGCCUCCGCCACCUCAGCUCGGGCCGAUCCAUCCUCCCUCAAGGUCUACAGUGACUGAAGAGUACAGAGUACCUGAUGGCAUGGUGGGACUCAUCAUAGGAAGAGGUGGAGAGCAGAUUAACAAAAUACAGCAGGACUCUGGAUGCAAAGUACAGAUCUCACCAGACAGUGGAGGACUACCAGAACGGAGCGUCUCUCUGACGGGAUCGCCAGAAUCUGUGCAAAAGGCAAAGAUGAUGCUUGACGAUAUUGUGUCUCGAGGGCGUGGUGGGCCACCCGGUCAGUUCCACGAUAAUGCCAACGGGCAGAAUGGUACAGUCCAGGAAAUCAUGAUCCCAGCCGGGAAAGCGGGCCUGGUGAUCGGCAAAGGAGGAGAGACCAUUAAACAGUUACAGGAGCGGGCUGGAGUGAAAAUGAUUCUAAUUCAGGACGGUUCACAAAACACAAAUGUAGACAAGCCUCUUCGAAUAAUUGGGGACCCAUACAAAGUGCAGCAAGCCUGUGAAAUGGUAAUGGACAUCUUAAGAGAGAGAGACCAGGGAGGCUUCGGUGAUCGGAAUGAAUAUGGUUCAAGGAUUGGUGGAGGAAUAGAUGUCCCAGUCCCCCGGCAUUCUGUUGGAGUGGUCAUUGGGCGGAGUGGAGAGAUGAUUAAGAAAAUACAGAAUGAUGCUGGAGUUCGAAUCCAGUUCAAGCAAGAUGACGGGACAGGUCCUGAAAAAAUUGCCCAUAUCAUGGGCCCUCCUGAUAGAUGUGAACAUGCUGCCAGGAUCAUCAAUGACCUUCUCCAGAGUCUUCGGAGUGGCCCACCAGGCCCUCCAGGUUCGGGAAUGCCUCCUGGAGGCAGAGGUAGGGGCAGAGGGCAGGGCAACUGGGGGCCUCCAGGAGGAGAGAUGACCUUCUCUAUACCUACGCACAAAUGUGGUCUGGUCAUUGGCAGAGGUGGGGAAAAUGUAAAGGCCAUAAACCAGCAGACAGGAGCCUUUGUAGAAAUAUCUCGGCAGCUACCACCCAACGGAGACCCCAAUUUUAAAUUAUUCAUUAUUCGUGGCUCACCUCAGCAGAUUGAUCAUGCCAAGCAACUGAUUGAGGAGAAGAUUGAGGGUCCCCUCUGCCCAGUUGGGCCAGGGCCUGGGCCUGGUGGGCCUCCUGGACCAGCACCCAUGGGUCCCUUCAAUCCUGGGCCGUUCAAUCAAGGACCACCCAGUGCACCCCCUCACCCGGGAGGACCACCACCACCUCAAUAUCCACCUCAAGGCUGGGGAAAUGCCUACCCACAAUGGCAACCUCCAGCUCCUCAUGAUCCAAGUAAAGCAGCAGCAGCAGCAGACCCCAACGCUGCCUGGGCAGCUUACUACUCGCACUACUACCAGCAGCCUCCUGGCCCAGUACCAGGAGCACCCCCGGCCCCCACUGCCCCGCCAGUGCAAGGAGAGCCCCCGCAGCCGCCCCCCACCGGACAGUCGGACUACACGAAAGCAUGGGAGGAGUACUACAAAAAGCUAGGCCAGCAGCCACAGCAGCCCGGAGCUCCUCCCCAGCAGGAUUACACAAAAGCCUGGGAGGAGUAUUAUAAGAAGCAAGCUCAAGUAGCGACCGGUGCAGGGCCAGCAGCGCCACCAGGACCUCAACCCGACUAUAGCGCAGCAUGGGCAGAAUACUACAGACAACAAGCUGCCUAUUACGGACAGACACCUGGUGCUGGCGGACCAGUGCCACCCCCCACACAGCAGGGACAGCAGGCUCAGUGAGCUGAAUGGGACCCUCCCCAUCUCCGAGAACCUUUUGUUUUGGAGAGAGAGGCGGCGGCUGCUGCUGCUGCUUCUGCCACUGGAGGAAGUGGCAGGGUGGGAAGGGAGCCGGCCUGUGGCUCUGAUCGCUGGGUUUCUUCUGGGAAUCUUGGCCAAUGCCGCCUUCGCAUCUCUCUCGAAAUAAAUCCAGAUCUCCAAACCUAAUGUUGAGCCAGCAGCCGUAGAAGAUAGCCGACUAAAAACCGCCUCCAGACCCCCAUCCUGCCUGACACGCACCUCAGUUUUCAGGGUAACACUUCUUCUUUUUCUUUUCUGUUUUGUUUUACAAAUAAACUCUACAAGGAAAAGUCGCUCUGCUUUUUAGUUAGAGUUGGAACAUUCCUCGGACAAAGGUGUUGGUGUUUCAGACAACCCCAUCCCUGCCCUCUUCCAUUUUCUCCACUGCUGGGACUGAUCGUGUUUUUGUCUGUUCAAGAGGAAAUUGGAACAAACAAUUAUAUGCUCAAAAUUUUUACUUUUUACCGCUCGUUUUUAACUUCACAAAUAAAUGAUAACAAAACAUCCCCCCGUGUCUGCUGGGUGGUGUCUGUCUUUCUCUCUCUCUCUCUCUCUCUGUCUAUAGGGUUUUUUGAAGCUGAUGUUUGUUCACAAUAUAGCUGUUGUAAAAGCCUGGUAAAACGGUCAUGAAUUAAGAGCUUCCUGUGUUUUUAUAGUUUGAGCAGGCAUUUGUGCAUUUUUGUUGAAUAAAAUGCUUUUUUGUUUUAAAGUC